GGCAAAGAUGGUCGGCUCUGGCACCGCCACUGCUCCGAGAUGGCUCCACUAGCACCUGGAAUGAAUCGCCUCUACUUCAUGUCCUCGAUGCCGUGGACGCUGCUAGAUCGAGGAAAGCGUCGCUCGUUCACCUUCCAGAAAUCGGGACCGAGGUAUCUGAGCCUCUCCAAUCCGGGGCCAGAGUCGCAGGAGGAAGACUGGAAAAAGUUUGUGCUGCUAGGCCCAACUUCGGGUGAAAAGCCGCUGUGCGUAGAGCCUGGACAGACUUGGAUCGCUGAGCAAGUCAUCGAGAACACUGGCAUCUAAGAAACUUGACAGCGUACC